UCGGGUUUGUUCGCAUUGGAUGUAACUACUUUGACUUGCUGAUAAAGAUUAUCGCCAUGAUUCGAACUCUUCUUACGACGAUCGCCAGGAACAUUCGGCCAUGAACGAAUUUGGCAAAAAGCUCAAAGCCGCCUGCAACGAAUAUCGUUUCAUGAGCUUACCUCAUACCGCUCAACCAUCAUCAACUGACUGACCGGAAGUCACUCCCCGACAACAUCGAAAGCAUGCCGGCGCGGGCGGCGGGGGCGGGGGUGGAACUAUCGCGGCUUUCUGCCUUCAAACCAGAUCUCUACCACCGUGCUUGGUCCUCUAUACCCCAUCCGACACUGCCUCUUAUAGCCACAGCUCACGAAAAAUCCGUCACUGUCUUCUCCCUCUCCACCCUUUCUGCUCACAGUAAUCUUACUGGCGGACAUACCAGAUCAGUGCGUUGCGCAGUGUGGAAGCCAAACCUACCAUCUGGAAAGUUAUGUCUAGUCACGGCAAGUUUCGACUCGACAGCCGGGUUGUGGAGGUGGGAGGGCGACGUUCCUCUCGAGGAAGGUACUAAGAAGGGUGAAUCGACCGAGAUUGAUGUCACACGAAGGCGGAACAACAAUGACUCGGAUAAGGACAACGACGAUGACUGGGAGUUCACAUUAGUCCUCGAAGGACACGAGAAUGAAAUCAAGUCUGCUGCAUUCUCCCCAUCAGGCCAAUAUCUCGCGACCUGCUCGCGCGACAAAUCCAUCUGGAUCUGGGAGGACGUUGGCGCAAACGAGGGCGAUGAUGAAUGGGAGACAGUUGCUGUUCUGACUGAGCACGACGGUGACGUCAAGUGUGUCGCCUGGUGCCCCGACGUACCGGGUCGCAACAUAAGCUCUUACAGCCCCGACGUGCUUGCAUCUGCUAGCUAUGACGACACCAUUCGUAUAUGGCGAGAGGAUGGGGAUGGGGAAUGGGCUUGUGUUGCCGUGCUGGAGGGGCACAGCUCGACGGUGUGGGGUGUACAAUGGGAGCCGAAAGUGGACAACACCAAAUUCCCUAGGCUGAUAUCUUGGUCGGCGGACAAGACAAUAAGAGUGUGGACUCUUGAGCAAGAUGAUCCCGAAGCGUCGUUGUCCCAACCUGGGGCAGUCCAGUCGCCUUUCAAGUCAGGCCUUGGCGGCAUACCAAACACGAUGCGACGAACUCUCAAGGAAGAGUGGCGUUGUUCAGCUGUUUUGCCAAGUGUGCAUACGCGCGAUAUUUAUUCAGCUUCAUGGAGCAAGAAUGGCCGAGUAGCUAGCACCGGAAGCGAUGGCAGUAUCUUGGUCUAUGAGGAAUGCGCACCGAGUAACCCUUCAACCACGCCUGCAGACUUGGAGGAGGGAGACUCGAAUGUCAUCGUAAAACCAGGGGAGGCCAAGUGGAAAGUCCUCGGCAAAGUCUCAGAUGGACAUGGGCCUUACGAGAUAAAUCACAUAACGUGGUGCUCACGAUAUGAUGCGGGUGUAGAGCAGCGAGGAGUUGAGGAGAUGUUGGUUACGACAGGCGAUGAUGGAAUUGUACAAGCCUGGCAGCUGAAAGAAUCCAUAGAGUUAUAGAUAGGUAGUUCUGUACCCCUGGUUCAGACGCUAUCGUCUACACAAUCUAUAACAGACACAGACUGAAGACUCAUAGAUAUCCCGCGGCCGAGUUCUUGUGCCAAUUACAGUCAGCAACUGGUCGACUACUGGCCAGGAGGCCCGGGACAGCAAAGCAUACUGAUACAGCCGGGAUGUUCAGUGGGGUGCUCUCGCAAGGGAGCAGGUUGCAGAAUUAGGGGGCUAAACAGGGGCUACACGCAUAUGCAAAUGAUUCAACGACCGAUCUAUGUGGUUGUUGAUGAAUUAGGGAGUACAUGCAAGCGCUUUUUCUUCUUCUUCUUUCUCUCUCUCUCUCUCUCUCUCUCUCUCAUUUCGAUAGGUACAUAGAAAACAGGUUUCUUUUUUCCCCG